AUGGAUACGAUGGAGGAGGAGCCCGAAGAUGCGAGCGAGGCUAUGACGGGCGUGGUUGUUAAUGCGGAUACGGGCGGGUUCAGAUCUCUAUCUGACGAGCGUGAGAAGGAAUUGAUUCGUCAACAGGUUCGACAGGAAUGGGCAAAGCUGGUGGAGGAGCAGACGAAAGAAUACGAGAUGAUGUUACAGCAGGCAGCGGCUGCAUCCGCUGCAAAAGCACAGGAGCGAGAGCUUGUUCGACGGAAUUCGUGGCCGAGACAACUGGGACAGCAACAGGUGCAAUUGAAGAUGCCUAGUCAGGUGUUACACCCGACCAUGACGUCGAUGGAUCCUUUACAGCAACAAGUGCAGAUGCCGUUCCAACCACCGGCACCGGGUCAACAGCAGGAUCAACAUGUUGCGAGUAUGAUGGGACCGUUGUCGAAUCCGAACGCGUGGUCGGCUGCACCAUUGUAUGCAUUGAACACGCGUCGACCGUCCUUUACGGAGUAUCGAGGGUGA